GUCUCGGGCCCCUCCCACCCGGUGGCAGGUCGCCCAGCCCCAACCGAUGGCGGGGGUGGCGCCUGCGGGCCGUGCUACCGCCCUGGGCCGCCAUUGCCGGGCCUCUCGCUCCGCGCCGCGGAGCUCCCUCGCCUCGCCUCGCCGAGCAGAGCGGGGCGGCCGGCCUGACGGGGUUGCCCCUGACCGAGCUCGCAUCCCCCCACCGCCAGGCAAGUCUCUGGCUGGCCUGGCUCGCGUCGCCGACCUCCAGGCCCGGGGGGCCGGUGGGGGGGACCUGAGCUGGGGCCUCCCGCGCCCGCGUCCGGGAGAACCACUUACACUUCCCAGGCCCAGAGGCUUCCGUGGGCACGAUCGGGAGCCUCCAGUUUCCCGAGGCCCCUCCGAUCCCAGCCGGGCUUCUCUCCGCCUUCCCGAGGAGCCUGGCCAGAGCGCACGGUCCACAAACGCUGCACCUGACGGCUGCCCCACCCCAGCGGGAGAAGUGGACAUGAGGUUGGCAGGUCCCCUCCGCAUCGUGGCCCUGGUCAUCACCGUGGGCCUCACCUGGCUCGUAGCCAGCAUCCUCCUCGGCGGGCCUGGCGGUGGCUUUCCUCGCAUCCAGCAACUCUUCGCCAGCCCAGAGAACUCAGUGACUGCAGAGCCGAGGGCCAGGAAGUACAAAUGCGGCCUGCCUCAGCCGUGUCCCGAGGAGCACCUGGCCUUCCGCAUGGUCAGCGGGGCCGCCAACGUCAUUGGACCCAAGAUCUGCCUGGAGGACAGGAUGCUCAUGAGCAGUGCCAAGGACAACGUGGGCCGGGGACUGAACGUCGCCCUGGUGAACGGGGUAAGCGGAGAGCUCAUCAAGGCCCGCGCCUUCGACAUGUGGGCGGGAGAUGUCAAUGAUCUACUGAAGUUUAUCCGGCCGCUGCAUGAAGGCACCCUGGUGUUUGUGGCUUCCUACGAUGACCCAGCCACCAAGAUGAAUGAAGAGACCAGGAAGCUUUUCAGCGACCUGGGCAGCAAGAACGUCAAGGACCUGGCCUUCCGAGACAGCUGGGUGUUCGUAGGGGCCAAGGGUGUGCAGAACAAGAGCCCCUUUGAGCAGCAGAACAAGGCAAACAGGCUGUUCCGCCCGUUUCUGGAAGGCUCCGGCUGCCGAAAGAGCAGCUCAGCCCCCAGAGAAGAAACGCCCCCUCUGGCCUCGCUCUUCCCGCAGCUUCCAGGGGCUCCCCGAGGGCCGGCACGUGAAGAACAGUAAGCACACCAAUAAGUACGAAGGCUGGCCCGAGGCGCUGGAGAUGGAAGGCUGCAUCCCCAGGAGGACCCUGGCCAGCUAGCGGCCAAGCUCGAGGACCAGACUAAGCAAGGCUGUGUGUACCCGGCCAGGAGGAGGCGCCGGCACAGCGCUGCGGCCGGACCCCAUGCCCCGCCAGGAGCACUCCUGCCCCAGCACGUCAGGGCUCCAAGGCGGUGACCAGUGAGCAGACCACGCCCGGUGGGGGGGGCCGCACUGCGGCCCCAUUGGCGCUCCGUCCGGGGGCCCCAGGUACCCGGCUCCUUUGCCUAAAGCUGCUCUGCUGGCUGACACCCGCCCGAGUCCCAAGCGCCUGCGGCCCCAGGUCUAGUAGCAGCUGCCUGGCAGGCCGGGGCAUCUUCCGGAACCUCUGCGUCCUAGAGUGGCUCACUGCUCUGCGGGCCAGGC